UAAAAUAUUUUUUUUAUCCUAUCAAUUCCAAAAAUUUGUUUAUUUUUCUGGAAAGACAAGUCAUUUUGUGAUAAAAUUAUAAUCUCAGUUAACUUUCACAUUCCUAGCUAAUUAUUUUGCACUUAAAAAUACAAAGUCCUUGCUAGUUCAUUCAUCUUCAGUUAUUUGAAGAUUUUGAAGGCGUUCAUUCAAUUUUACAGCUGGACAAAAAGUGACAUUUGAUGAUUCACAACAAGAAUAUUGAGUCCGCAAUGGAAUUGCACACAAAACAAAGGCAGUUUUCUGGUCAGCUAUACAAAUAUACAAAUGUAGUCAAGGGUUGGCAGUACAGAUACUUUUUGGUAGAUGCAAAUGCAGGGUUAUUGCACUAUUAUUUGUGCGAAGGAGAGAGACCCGAAGGGACAGUUCCAAGAGGAUCUGUACAUUUAGCAGGAGCUGUGAUAUGUCCAAGUGAGGAAGACUCGAGGACGUUUACUGUGAGUUGUGCUUCAGGUGAUAUGUUGAAAUUGAGGGCAGUGGAUGCCAAAGCAAGACAAGAAUGGGUUAAUGGUUUAAGGGCUGUAGCAGAAUCUCACACAAGAUCCAUCAUCGCCAACAGUCCACCUCUCCAACCCAAAGAACACCUCGCAGUCUUAGAUGCCCUGAGCUGCGUAAGGUCCCAACUCCACCAGACCGAACAGGCCGACUCUGCUCUGUGCAGAUCGAUCGAAUCGGCCGGUAGCAAGUUCUUCAUCGACCCGAACCUCUUGCUGCUCAAGGCCACCUCGGCGGCCAGCCUGCACUGCCUCAACCAGUGCCUGAGCAUCCUGCAGCGGAACCAGCACGCUCAGCAGAGCAGGACGGGGUUGGUGAUAGACGACGAUUAAUAUUUAGGGGAAUUGAGGAGAGGCUGUCUGGAAUGCUUGGGCGAGUGUGUCGGCUUGCUGAGAGACUGUCUGAAGGUGCCGGUGGGCAGGCAUCAUCAUAUCAGAUUUUAGAUGAACAAAUAGAUAAGCGUUUAGGUUUGAAUUGUGGGUGUCAUGAGAAAGAAUUGCAGAAAUCAAUCGGUAUACGCAAAAAAACCUUUUUUGACAUUUGAAAACGAUAGAUUUAUCAUUACCAGGAGAGUUACAGGCUUAGUGUAUUCUCCGCCGGUGCUGCCACCAUCGGAGAAUAUCGAAAACAAUCGGUAUAUACAAAUACACGGGUUUAAAUAGCGGGAUAUAAAAAAAUGAUUUUAUAUAAUUAUUCUCAAAGUGUUA